AAUAAUAUAAAUACACAAAAAGUCCCCAGCGUAGCACACCUCAUCUUUCAGAAUAUAUACACACAGACUAUUCUAUAUUUCUAUUCUAUACAUACGAAAUGGCGAUGGCGAGUAUCGCUCGACGCAAAGCGACGUCGCUUCUCUCCGGCCAGACUUCCGGCGUGUUCCGCUACUCUCUCUCGCUCUCCUCUUUCUCUAGAAGCUUCGCUUCUGGAUCUGACGAGAACGACGUCGUCGUCAUCGGCGGCGGCCCCGGCGGCUACGUCGCGGCGAUUAAGGCGGCGCAGUUAGGGUUUAAAACGACGUGUAUUGAGAAACGAGGGACUCUUGGUGGUACUUGUCUUAAUGUUGGAUGUAUUCCUUCUAAGGCCCUGCUUCAUUCCUCACAUAUGUAUCAUGAAGCCCAGCAUUCAUUUGCCAAUCAUGGCGUGAAGUUUGCUUCUGUUGAGGUUGAUCUACCUGCAAUGAUGGCCCAAAAAGAUAAAUCUGUGUCUGGCCUAACAAAAGGUAUCGAGGGUCUUUUCAAGAAAAACAAGGUAAACUAUGUUAAAGGUUAUGGCAAGUUUAUCUCUCCUUCCGAGAUAUCUGUAGACACCAUUGAAGGUGGAAAUACUAUAGUAAAAGGCAAACAUAUAAUUAUUGCCACCGGGUCUGAUGUUAAAAGUCUACCUGGUGUCACAAUUGAUGAAAAAAAAAUUGUGUCAUCAACGGGAGCUUUAUCAUUGCCAGAAAUUCCUAAGAAACUCAUAGUGAUUGGUGCUGGCUAUAUUGGUCUUGAAAUGGGAUCUGUGUGGGCCCGUCUUGGGUCGGAAGUCACUGUUGUUGAAUAUGCACCAGAAAUUGUUCCCUCAAUGGAUGGUGAGGUUCGCAAGCAAUUUAAACGUACGCUCGAGAAGCAAAAGAUGAAAUUUAAACUCACAACCAAGGUAGUGUCGAUUGACACAUCCAGUAGUGGUGUGAAAUUGACCCUUGAACCAGCAGCUGGCGGUGAACAGAGCAUUCUUGAAGCUGAUGUUGUCCUUAUUUCUGCUGGUAGAACCCCGUUCACUGCUGGACUUGGAUUGGACAAAAUUGGAGUUGAAACUGACAAGAUGGGUAGAAUUCCAGUUAAUGAACGUUUUGCUACAAACGUUCCAGGAGUUUAUGCUAUUGGCGAUGUUGUCCCUGGCCCAAUGUUGGCUCACAAGGCUGAAGAGGACGGGGUUGCAUGCGUGGAAUUCCUUGCUGGAAAAGAAGCUCACGUGGACUAUGACUUGGUACCUGGUGUUGUUUAUACACACCCUGAAGUGGCUUCUAUUGGGAAGACCGAGGAGCAGGUUAAGGCAACAGGGGUCAAGUACGUUGUUGGCAAAUUUCCUUUAAUGGCAAACAGCAGGGCUAAAGCAAUUGAUGAUGCAGAUGGUUUAGUCAAAAUUAUAGCUGAGAAGGAGACUGACAAGAUAUUAGGCGUCCACAUCAUGGCACCAAAUGCUGGGGAACUUAUUCAUGAAGCAGUGCUGGCAAUGCAGUAUGGAGCAUCAAGUGAGGAUAUUGCACGCACGUGUCACGCACAUCCAACAAUGUCCGAGGCCUUGAAGGAGGCUGCUAUGGCCACUUAUGACAAGCCAAUUCAUAUGUAAAAGAUGUGGUAAUUGGUCUAUCAUUGUUUUUCUUUUUAUAGCAUCUCUCUUGCAAAGGUCUAAAAUAACUCAAAACAAGAUUGCUGAUUUGUAGUUCUGAUUACGACCUUCUAUAUAAAGGUUUUGUGAACUGGAACUAGUUUCCAUUUUUUUCCUUGAACCUCAUACUAAAUUUUUUGUUGUUCAUUAUCUGCAUAUGAAUAUGCUUAAUAACAAGUACCAGGCAAUUGUACCUCUGCUGAUA